AAUCCCUCCAAACAGCCGUAUACCUCACCUUGCGCGGCGUCUUCCAUUGCCGAUAUGGUGGGAACAGCCUCUCCCUGUCAGCCCUGAGUGCAUAUUCUUGCCCGAACCGCAGCUUUUCUCAUUUAAUCAUGGUCCCCUCUAACUAUUUUUAAACUUAUCCCUCCUCUCCUCUUCUAUCCGCUCAUACCUUGCUCCUACAGCGUUCUUCUGUCCACCUAACCGCGGCGACACGGUUCAUCAUGGAGAGUGAUACGCUCCCGGGCGCAGUUCCGCGUCUUGCCCAGUGGCUCAAACUACAGUUCCGAACUUACUUCCUCAUUACACUGCCGGUUUUCGUCUUAGUAGCAACAUUCGCCUUCUUCGACGGCACUCUCAAGCGGCUGCAGAAUCGAAACUUCUUUUCUCGCAAAUGGAGACAAGACCACUGGACGAUCUGCCCUGGAACGCACUGGAGAACGCCGAUCUCGCCAUUGUCAUGCUGGUCUUCGUCUGUAUGCCUCCCACUUCAUUUGUGCUGCAUCCCGACAGCGGCCCCAAGCCUCUGAAGGUGGUAUCCUUUUACAUCGCCCUCCUUCUCACCCUCACACUUCGCUUCCUGCAAGUCCUCUCUGGUGUGUACAACUACCCCGACGCGGGCUCGGACCUUUACUUCUGGCGAUCUUACUCCCCCUUCAAGCCAACAAUCUUGGCGAUUCUUGUCAAUGCGCGCUUCUGGUCGUGGAGCUGUGUCGGCAUGUACGAGGACCCUGCAGUCAAUCUCGUAAUUGCAAUACCUCCGGACGCCUUCCCGCCCUGCCCAAUAUAGUGACAUCCCGCAGCAGACCCCUAUGGAAGGUACGAUUGGAAGCAGAGAACUAGAAGAUGCGCUUCACCAACACCACGGGUCGCCGGUUCCUUCCUCGCGCGACAUCUAUAUUCGGCUCGCAUAUGUCGAAGUCAUCGAUAGCACUUUGAACGUCCUACGGCUCCGAUUUUUCUGCGAGCUUGGCCCUUACUGCGUGCGGGGCAGCAGUUCCGAGGGCUUGACAAUCUUCUUAGCGAUCUACAGUUGUGUCUAUACUUAAAGACGGAUACAGUUAAACCGAUGCUUUGAACCGGACAUAGAGGCAGGUGAAUUUCGAAUAUGCAGGUGGCGAUACAAUUCAGAAGGAGCAGC